AUGGAGGGAAUGGAUAUAAUGAGGAGGGGAGCGCGCUCGACCCGCUCCAAACUGAAGUACAAGACGGUGAGAGACGCGCAGAGCGAGAACAUCUCUGAUGGGUAUUUUGGAGGUCCUCGGUCGAGCAUGACUCUGUCCAGUGCCCCACCACUUCGCAGAGGAAGCACUCCUGUUCCAUUCAAAUAUCAGCUCCGAAGGGAAGAAGCAAUCAAUGAUGACUGUGAUUGGACGCCAGGAAUUGGAGUAACUGAAGGAGUAUCUCCUCCUCCAGUUAACUUUGUCCCAGCACAGGAUGAAGCUGUGGGUGCUGAUAUGGAAGAGAGACAGGGAGGACCAUUCAGGAUUGCCCUGCUUGGCCAGAACGGAGUGGGGAAAACGUCGCUUGCUAUCGCCCUCACAGGGGAAAUGGACAGAACUGCAUCUGUGGAUUCAGAUGGUGAGGGCUACGUUCGCACCGUUACCAUAGACAAUGAGGAGAGCACCAUCUUUAUCUUUGAUAACUGGAGACAGGAUCUUUCCAUGCUGGUGUGUGAAGUAUGUGUGCUGGUGUUUUCGGUGACAGACCGACGCAGCUUUCAUCGCACAGCUCAGCUCCGCCUCCUCCUCAGGGAAAACCAACCUCAAACUCCCAUCAUCCUUGUGGGCAACAAGAGCGACUUGGUCCGUUCACGAGAGGUCAGCACGGAGGAGGCUCAGGCCAACGCUGCUCUCUAUGAGUCCCCUUAUGUGGAGCUGUCUGCGUCUCUGGACCAUGGCACAGCAGAGCUUCUGGAGCUGGCUGUUCGGGCAGCACGAGGAGAAAGAAUAGGGUCCUUUGGGGUUGUCGGGGCCGAGGGAGCAACGGGAGGUCGCUAUGAGAGCCUGAGUACACGGGCUAAGCGAUUCCUGUCCAACCUUGUACCACGCUAUCCCCGAGAAAAAGAGCGUGAUGUCGGAAAGUUCUUCAGGCAGAAAUCUCGCUCUUGUCACGAUCUUGGAGCUUUGUGAGUCAUAGGUAGAGUGAGAGGGUGAAAAACAGAGACAAGGUAAGAGCAGGAGAAGAGUAAUUGAAGAACCAAAGCCUACAUAAGGGAUUUCAAUAUAUGAAGUAGUCUUGAAAUAAGAAAUACAGAAAGAAAAUAAAAACCUUAAUAGUUAAGGCCAGGUAUAGCAUUUGAUACAGAUAAAACUGUAGGCUUUUGACUGACAGAACUAAUGUAGUUUGCAUGCUUCACGAUAAAAAAUGUUUUGACUCAAAUAGUAUUGGCACUCCAGUUACUGUGAGUAUUUGUGGUAUCCUGCUAUAUUUGUGUAUCUUUAACUAAAUUGUUACAAGCUGCAGAAAUUCAGCUCCAAAUCCAGUACCCUGGGGAAAUCAAUUUUCUGUUCAAAUGGUAGAAUUAAACUUUUUUUCACAGGUUUUACAAUCACAUUACUGAAUGUGCUACUGAACUUGUAUGUAUGAGAACUUGAUAAAUCCCCAAAAGUCUAUUCUCCAUUACU